AUGGACGAUCCACGCGAUGAGCCCAAAAACGAAAACGAGGUGAUUUUGACCGACAGUUCCGACGACGAGCUAGCGGACCUUGAAAAGGAGUAUGCGGUGAAGCGGCAAAAGCUUCUUGAACUGAAGAAAGAAAAGGCGAAACAGGCCAAAAUCGACGAGGAAAGGCGACGAAAAACGGCAAAAAAUGGACUAACCCAAAGUCCCAAUGGGUACAUGUCCGGCCCUGGUGGUCAUCUGACAAACCAAUUGAGCAAUCUGGAGACAAUUCCCACAAAAAAAAACGAAAUUCAAAACAAAAGUAUCGCUCGAAUGGUUGCAAAAGAGAAUAAACCGGUUUCAACCGGAAGCUUUGCGGCUGGACUUGAACGUGCUGGAGGUGGAGGUGACCAAGGACCCGAGUUAGCCACACGAAAGUUUGAAUUUUUGAACAUUCCACCGCCACUAGAUAUUGAUGUGGGUGAAAAUGAUCGAGAUGAAGUUUCUGGAUUUCGACUUCGCAAGCGGUAUAUAAGUCCAGACGCAUUACAGACGUUAUUGGCAGACACGAAGGUGCUACGGAUCGAAAAGUUACUAGCAAAAGUGUGUCCUCCGUCCUUUUAUGAGCCAGCGUACGCUAAUUGGUGUCUAGUGGGGUUGAUACUAGAAAAGCUGGAGCCUAUUGCAAGCGGAAAUACUGCAAGCGCCCCAAAGAAAGGCAGUGGAAAAUACAUAAAAAUCUCCGUUGGUAAUUUUGCCCAUUCUGUACGGGUGAUGUUAUUUGGAGCUGCGCUUGACCGGUGGUGGAAACUCCGAGUAGGAGAUAUUGUGUGCAUACUUAACCCCAAUGUUAAUCGAUGGCUGCACAAAUCGAAAACCGGGUUCAAUCUCGCACUCAACACAGCAGUAGAUUCCAUUCUCGAGAUUGGACUGUGCCGAGAUUUUGGAAAAUGUUCGUUUGAAAAUGGCUGCAACACCAUGAUCGAUACCGCCCAAGGAACACUAUGUGGAUACCACCAAGACAUCCAUUUCCGCAAAUACGCUUCCAAACGCAUGGAACUCAACGGGAGCGUCCUGUCUCGUCGUCCACUGGACCGUCCGCUGGACCGCAAGCCACAAACUUUUGUCCCAUAUUCACAGGCUAACGAACGCACCACAACGUUUGCGGCAGCGCCUGGUAUCGAUCGCACCCAGUACACCGAUCCCCAGGAAUUGAGUCGCCGCAACAAGGCAGCGCGCGUAGCAGCACUCGCCAAAAGAGGGAGUCUGCGGCUGGUGAAUACCCACGGAAAAGCCGUGCAACCUUUCACAAGCGCAGCAUUGAAGAAUAUAGGCUAUGAUCCUGUGCCACGAAAAUCGGCUCAGCAGGGUAAGCACGUGCAACAGCUGCUUCAUGCCAUAACGUCGCAGAUCAAGACUCGGCUGCUUCGACGAGAGCCCAAAAAGCGUUCACAGCCUGCCCAGUCUGCCCAGUCUGCUCAGCCGGUAGCGGAUUACAGCUCUGAUUCAUCGAUAGAGAUCGAGUAA